AUGGAGGAGUUGGUGAUUGUUGGGAGUUCGAAAGUGAAGACAUUUAUAUCUGAUUUGUCUAGAGAUCACUAUGCCAACGCAUUUUUCAAAGGAAUGCGUUAUGGGGAGAUGGCAAACAGUUUAGCGGAGUCCUUUAAUAAUUGGGUUGGUGUGUUUCGAGAUUUGCCGGUGCUACCUUUGAUAGAAGGGAUUCGACAGAAAUUGAUGGUAUUGAAUUCUCAACGACGAAUUGAAGCGGAGAAGUGGACAACAGUUUUGUGUCCGGAGAUGGAGACUAGACUCUGUGAAAAUGCGGAGACCGGUAGGACUUGGGCAGUUCGUCAUUCUAAUUGCACUGUUUUUGAAGUAUUUGCUGAUUAUUCUGUGAUGGUUGAUCUCGAGCAAAGGACUUGUUCUUGCCGUCUUUGGCAAAUUGACAGUUUUCCUUGCACACAUGCGGUGGCUGCAAUCCUAGCAAAGAGAGAUUCAGUUUAUGAUUACGUGGAGUGUUACUACAAAACCGACUUCUUUCGAAAAGCCUAUGAGAGUCCUAUUUUUCCUAUUCCAGAUAUUGGGAAAGGAUUGGGCAGCAAUGGUUCUGCAGCUGGAGUUGUGCUUCCGCCAAUUACAAAAAGGCCAGCCGGAAGACCACCAACAAAGAGGAUCAAAGUUUUUGGUGAAUUUAAAAGGCCAUUGAAAUGCAGUCGGUGCAGUGUUGCUAGGCACAAUAGGAAGACUUGCAAGGCUAUUAUAUGA